UCAUUCGACCGUUCGGAAACUCAGUCUGUACGCAGUGUACACAUGACUGCAGGGAAAACAAUAAUAUUAUUGAAGUCAAGGUUUUGCUUUACUAACAGCUGCCUCCUUAGAAUUGCAAUGGAAGCUCGUGUACAGUAAGGACAAGUGUGUAUCACUGGUGGUAAGGCUCACCGAUGCAAGCAGCGGGCAUACUGAAUGAGAACACAUCACACAUAAUCCGGGCAGCUGCAGCGGGAAGCAAAUGAUCCGGAAUGCGGAGAGGAACGCCCCUUCUUCUUGUUCUAGCCAUUGGCUGGCUAGGCUCGAGCACCAACUUGUACACACUUGCAGGCGUAGGCGCCAUAGAUGUGGAAGGCAACGAUGAGAACGAUCUGGAACUUGGAAGUGGUGGAUCUACAACUGAAGAGUCGGGCAGCGACCCAGACAUUGGCCUAUCAGGAAUUAGCAGUGGUGAUGUGGAGGAGGGUAGCGGUGUGGAGGAUGAUUCUGGGCCGGUGAGCAUGUCCGGGAACUCUGGCAGCGGUGACGCGGAGGACAAUGACGACACCGGUUCCGUGAUGGUGUCCGGUGAUUCGGGCAGUGGUGACGACGACACUGGUGACACUGGCUCAGCAGCGAUGUCUGGAGAUUCCAGUAGCGGAGAUAACAACAUUGGUAGUGGUGAUAGUGGUGAAGAAUCUGCCUCCAGCGCUGAGACAAGUGCAUCCGCCAGUACGUCAGGGAGCGGUGGGGAUGAUAGUGCUGAUGUGAUGUCAGGUAGCGCGGCGAGUGCGCCGGCAUCAGGAAGCACGUCGGGCGAUACCAGUGGUUCAGUGACGGGCAGUGGUGCAUUAGAUGCAUCCGCAGUUGACUCGGCAUCAGGGAGUGGCAGUGCCUCGGCAGACAGCACAGGUGAUGACAACACGGGAGAUACGUCCGCAUCUGCCUCAGCCAGUGCUGGUGCAAGUGAUACAGGUGAGGACACUAGUGGGGAUCAAUCGGCAUCGGCUUCCGCAUCCGCUAGUGCCUCGGCAUCAGGGCUAGAUGCAGAUUCGGGUGGUGCAUCAGCAUCUGCUAGUGGUUCUGAUGAUGUUGAAUCUGCAUCUACAUCAGCCAGUGCUAGCGCCAGUGCUUCAGGCCAGGAUAACACAGGCGAUGAACUGGCAUCAGCAUCUGCUUCUGCCUCCGCCAGUGCCUCUGCUUCCGCCAUUGACCAAGAUUCUGGUAGUGGAUCUGCAUCCGCCAGUGCGUCAGCAGAGGAUAGCGGGGUGUCUGCGUCAGCUUCCGGUGAAGAAAGUGGAUCAGCUGUAGAUAACACAGAUGUGGUGCCAACAACAACCUCUGCCACGGUUGCAACCACCUCUGCCACUGUUGCCACCACUUCUGUUCCUGAAACAUCAGCAACAGCAGCCACAACAAUUACUAACUUGGUGACGUCUCCAACAUCAGAGAGCGAGGAAGACUCCGGCAGUGCAUCUGCUGUAGACAGUGGCUCUGCCACAAUAUCAGGUGAAGACAGUGGAAGUGAAUCAGCAGACAAUUCUGGUGUUGUGACCACCUCUGUUGUGCCCACUACUCCAGCUCCAACCACAGACAGUGGUGAAGACUCCGGAAUCGGAGUGGACUCGGGAAGUGCAUCAGCGUCAGGAAUAGCAGAGGUCUCAGGUAGCACAUCAGCAUCAGGAAGUGCUGACGACUCCGGAAGUGCAUCUGCUUCAGCAAGUGCUGACGACUCCGGAAGUGCAUCUGCUUCAGCAAGUGCUUCGGCCAAUGGCAUUUCUGCAUCUGGAAGUGCAUCAGCUCUGGAUAACUCUGUGGAAGAAUCGGGGUCAGCCUCUGCAUCAGCAUCUGCAUCAGCUUCCGCAUCAGCUUCCGCAUCCGGUGAUGAUAAUACAGGUGAUCAGUCUGCCUCGGCUUCUGCCUCUGCCAGUGCCUCUGCAUCCGCCAUUGAUCAAGAUUCUGGCAGUGGAUCUGCAUCCGCCAUUGAUCAAGAUUCUGGCAGUGGAUCUGCAUCAGCGACUGCGUCAGCAGAGGAGAGCGGAGUGUCUGCGUCAGCAUCCGGCGAUGAAAGUGGAUCAGCAGCGGAUGACACAGAUGUGACGCCUACAACUACCUCCACAACUGUUGCCACUACCUCUGUACCUGAAACAUCACCAACAGUAGCCACAACGAUAACUGAUGCUGUCACCUCUCCAACAUCAGCAAGUGGGGAAGACUCCGGCAGUGCAACUGCUGUGGAUAGUGGCUCUGCAUCUAUAUCAGGUGAAGACAGUGGAAGUGGAUCAGCAGACAAUUCUGGUGUUGUGACUACCUCUGCGGUACCCACUGCUGCUGCUCCAACGACGGAAAGUGGUGAAGACUCUGGCAGUGGUCUGGACUCAGGAAGUGCAUCAGCCUCGGGAGCAACAGGUGAUUCUGGUAGUGCCUCUGCCUCUGGCAGUGCAUCUGCAUCUGGAGUAACAGAUGAACCACCAAGCGGCGAAGACUCAAGCAGUACAUCCGCAUCGGCCAGUGCUAUUGGGUCGGGAAGCGCAUCCGCUUCGGGUGUUGGAUCUGUGGACGAUAUAUCUGCAUCCGCACCAGGCUCUGGAUCUGUAUCAGGCAGUGCGAGUGCAAGCGCCUCGGGAGAUGACAACACAGAUGAUCAGUCUGCCUCGGCUUCUGCCUCUGCCUCUGCAUCCGCCAUUGAUCCAGAUUCUGGCAGUGGAUCCGCGUCAGCUAGUGCGUCCGCAGAGGAAAGUGCGGUGUCUGCGUCAGCAUCCGGUGAUGCAAGCGGAUCAGCUGAAGACAACACAGAUUUGACGCCUACAACUACCUCCGCAACUGUUGCAACUACGUCCGCCACCGUUGCAACUACCUCUGCUGAAGAAACAUCACCAACAGUGGCCACAACAAUAACUGAUGUUGUCACCUCUCCAACAUCAGCAAGCGGGGAAGACUCCGGCAGUGCAUCUGCUGUUGACAGUGGCUCAGCAUCUAUAUCAGGUGAAGACAGUGGAAGUGGAUCAGCAGACAAUUCUGGUGUUGUGACCACCUCUAUUGUGCCCACUACUCCUGCUCCAACCACAGAAAGUGGUGAAGAUUCCGGCAGUGCAUCAGCCAAUGACGUUUCCGCCUCUGGAAGUGCAUCGGCGCUGGAUAAUUCGGUGGAAGAGUCAGGGUCAGCCUCCGCAUCAGCGUCCGCAUCAGCAUCAGCAUCCGCAUCAGAAUCCGGCAGUGCGUCUGCCAGUGCCUCUGCUUCCGCCAUUGAUCCAGAGUCUGGCAGUGGAUCUGCAUCAGCUAGUGCGUCAGGAGAGGAAAGUGCGGUUUCAGCCUCAGCAUCCGGUGAUGCAAGCGGAUCAGCUGAAGACAACACAGAUUUGACGCCUACAACUACCUCCGCAACUGUUGCAACUACGUCCGCCACCGUGGCAACUACCUCUGCUGAAGAAACAUCACCAACAGUGGCCACAACAAUAACCGACGCUGUGACCUCUCCAACAUCAGCAAGCGGGGAGGACUCCGGCAGUGCAUCUGCUGUGGAUAGUGGCUCUGCAUCUAUAUCAGGUGAAGACAGUGGAAGUGGAUCAGCAGACAAUUCUGGUGUUGUGACUACCUCUGCGGUACCCACUGCUGCUGCUCCAACGACGGAAAGUGGUGAAGACUCUGGCAGUGGUCUGGACUCGGGAAGUGCGUCAGCCUCGGGAGCAACAGGUGAUUCUGGUAGUGCCUCUGCCUCUGGCAGUGCAUCUGCAUCUGGAGCAACAGAUGAACCACCAAGCGGCGAAGACUCAGGCAGUACAUCCACAUCGGCCAGUGCAAUUGGGUCGGGAAGCGCAUCCGCUUCGGGUGUUGGAUCUGUGGUCGAUAUAUCUGCAUCCGCAUCAGGCUCUGGAUCUGUAUCAGGCAGUGCGAGUGCAAGCGCCUCGGGAGAUGACAACACAGAUGAUCAGUCUGCCUCGGCUUCUGCCUCUGCCUCUGCAUCCGCCAUUGAUCCAGAUUCUGGCAGUGGAUCCGUGUCAGCUAGUGCGUCCGCAGAGGAAAGUGCGGUGUCUGCGUCAGCAUCCGGUGGUGCAAGCGGAUCAGCUGAAGACAACACAGAUUUGGCGCCUACAACUACCUCCGCAACUGUUGCAACUACGUCCGCCACCGUUGCAACUACCUCUGCUGAACUAACAUCACCAACAGUGGCCACAACAAUAACUGAUGUUGUCACCUCUCCAACAUCAGCAAGCGGGGAGGACUCCGGCAGUGCAUCUGCUGUGGAUAGUGGCUCAGCAUCUAUAUCAGGUGAAGACAGUGGAAGUGGAUCAGCAGACAAUUCUGGUGUUGUGACCACCUCUAUUGUGCCCACUACUCCAGCUCCAACCACGGAAAGUGGUGAAGGUUCCGGCAGUGCAUCAGUCAAUGACGUUUCCGCCUCAGGAAGUGCAUCUGCUCUGGAUAAUUCGGUGGAAGAAUCAGGGUCGGCCUCCGCAUCAGCGUCAGCAUCAGCAUUAUCAUCAGGCAGUGCGUCUGCCAGUGCCUCUGCAUCCGCCAUUGAUCCAGAGUCUGGCAGUGGAUCUGCAUCAGCUAGUGCGUCAGGAGAGGAAAGUGCGGUUUCAGCCUCAGCAUCCGGUGAUGCAAGCGGAUCAGCUGAAGACAACACAGUUGUGGUGCCAACAACUACUUCUGCAGCUGUUGUGACCACCUCUGCCACCGUUGCAACUACCUCUGCACCUGACACAUCACCAACAGUAGCCACAACGAUAACUGAUGUUGUCACCUCUCCAACAUCAGCAAGUGCGGAAGACUCCGGCAGUGCAUCUGCUGUGGACAGUGGCUCAGCAUCUAUAUCAGGUGAAGACAGUGGAAGUGGAUCAGCAGACAAUUCUGGUGAUGUUACCACCUCUAUUGUACCCACUACUCCAGCUCCAACCACAGAAAGUGGUGAAGAUUCCGGCAGUGCAUCAGUCAAUGACGUUUCCACCUCUGGAAGUGCAUCUGCUCUGGAUAAUUCAGUGGAAGAGUCAGGGUCAGCCUCCGCAUCAGCGUCAGCAUCAGCAUCAGCAUCCGCAUCAGAAUCAGGCAGUGCGUCUGCCAGUGCCUCUGCUUCCGCCAUUGAUCCAGAGUCUGGCAGUGGAUCUGCAUCAGCUAGUGCGUCAGGAGAGGAAAGUGCGGUUUCAGCCUCAGCAUCCGGUGAUGCAAGCGGAUCAGCUGAAGACAACUCAGAUGUGGUGCCAACAACUACUUCUGCAGCUGUUGUGACCACCUCUGCCACCGUUGCAACUACCUCUGCACCUGACACAUCACCAACAGUGGCCACAACGAUAACUGAUGCUGUCACCUCUCCAACAUCAGCAAGUGGGGAGGACUCCGGCAGUGCAUCUGCUGUGGACAGUGGCUCAGCAUCUAUAUCAGGUGAAGACAGUGGAAGUGGAUCAGCAGACAAUUCUGGUGCUCUGACUACCUCUGCGGUACCCACUACUGCUGCUCCAACGACGGAAAGUGGUGAAGACUCCGGCAGUGGUCUGGACUCAGGAAGCGCAUCAGCAUCUGCCUCGGCAAGUGCUUCUGGUUCUGGCAGCGCAUCCGCUUCAGGUGUCGACCCGGCUUCCGGGAGCGGUUCGGCAUCUGCGAGUGCGCAGGACUCGGGCAGUGCAAGUGGGUCUGUGGACGGAACCGGUGAUGCAUCUGCCAGCGGUUCGGCUCAGGACAAUACGGACGAGCAGCCUACAUCCGUCGCGACGUCAGUUGCAACAUCCACUGCUACUGUUGCCACAUCUACUGAUACAUCUGCCGUCACAUCCGCCCCUACGUCACCUCCAACUGUAGCCCCGACAACAGAGGAGAGCGGUGAGGACUCAGGAAGUGUACCGGACUCCGGCAGCGGCUCAGGCUUCUCAGCUGAUGAUAGCACGAUGACGAUAUCUGGUGGCAUGAGUGGUAGCGCGUCCGCUGAUAAUACCGGCGAUGAGGGGUCUGUAUCUGGUUCGAUCAUUGCCGGUGCCUCUGCAUCGGCGAGUGGUGUAGACCCAGGAAGUGCCUCGGCAUCAGGAAGUGCAUCUGCCCCAGGCAGUGCCCCAGAUUCAGGCAGUGCCCCUGAUUCGGGUAGCGCCCCGGAUUCAGGCAGUGCCCAAGAUUCAGGUAGUGCCCAAGAUUCAGGUAGUGCCCCGAUGUCAGCCAGCGCCUCGGCAUCAGCGAGUGCUCAGGAUUCCGGUAGUGCCUCAGCGUCAGCAAGUGCCUCUGCUUCUGGUAGCGCGAUAGAGUCAGGCAGCGCUGUGGAUUCAGCCAGUGGUUCCGUGUCGGGAAGUGCCUCAGCAUCUGGUAGCGUUCCAGACCAGGGAAGUGCGUCGGCAUCAGGAAGCGCCCCAGCGUCCGGGAGUGCCUCAGGGUCGGGAAGUGCCUCGGCGUCCGGGAGCGCUCCUGAUUCAGGCAGUGCCGAAGACUCGGCGUCAGGAAGUGCGUCUGCCGAUUCAGGCUCAGCAUCUGCCGAUUCUGGCUCAGCAUCUGCCGAUUCAGGCUCAGCAUCUGCCGAUUCUGGCUCAGCAUCUGCCGAUUCAGGCUCAGCAUCUGCCGAUUCAGGCUCAGCAUCUGGAGAUUCAGGCUCAGCAUCUGGAGAUUCAGGCUCAGCAUCUGGAGAGUCGGGAUCAGCCUCCGCCUCGGGAGAGGGAAGCGGAAUUGCAGUCAUAUGCACCUGCAACGACCACGCUGACGUGGAGGAAUGUGUGUUCAGCAUACAGAGGUUCUUGGCAACAGGAAACACCACGGGUGGUGUCUGUCAGAAUUGCCGCGAUAACACAGCUGGCCCGCAGUGCGAAACGUGCGCUGAGCUCUUCUACCCGCAGACUGGGGUGCCCCAGACCCAGCUGGACGUGUGUAUACCGUGUGACUGCAACGCCGGAGGCGUGACGGACAAUGGCGACUGUGCCAAGAUGGCGAACGGUUCGUUCCCGAACGGCCAGUGCAACUGCAAGGUCAACACCAUGGGACGCGACUGUGGAACGUGUACCAGCACGUCGUUCAAUUUGGAUGUGAACAAUGUCCUGGGCUGCACUGAUUGUGCCUGCGAGGCAGCUGGAACGGUUGGAGGCAGUUUGGAGUGUGGCAAUGUGACUGGUCAGUGCGACUGUAAGUCCAACGUGGUGGGACGCCGCUGCAACCAGUGCAUGUCAGGGUUCUUCGGACUGAACGCUAGCCUUGCGGACGGCUGCCAACCGUGCGACUGUGAGCUUGCCUCCUCGGCGGAUAGCCAGUGUGACGCGACGAGCGGACAGUGCAUAUGCAGACCUGGGUUCACAGGCCAACGUUGUCAAGAUAUUGAUUUAGAUUUCGACUCGGGGAGCGGCUCGGCCAUUGUCUCGGGCAGUGGCAGUGGCAGUGCGAGUGGCAGUGCGAGUGGAUCCGCAAGCGCUGAUGACUCUGGUAGUGUGGACCUGAGUGGCUUUGCCUCGGCAUCCGGUUCCGCAUCGGCAUCGGCAUCUGCGAGUGCUUCGGGCGACGACUCUGGGUCUGCUUCAGCAUCGGCCAGUGCCUCUGGUGAUGACAAUACCGGAAGUGCAAGCGCUAGCGGCAGUGCCAGUGGCAGCGCUAGUGGCAGUGGCAGUGGCAGCGCUAGUGGCAGUGGUAGCGCUAGUGGCAGUGGUAGCGCUAGUGGUAGCGCUAGUGGCAGUGGCAGCGCUAGUGGCAGCGCUAGUGGCAGUGGCAGCGCCAGUGGCAGCGCUAGUGGUAGCGCUAGUGGCAGUGGCAGCGCUAGUGGCAGUGGCAGCGCUAGUGGCAGCGCCAGUGGCAGUGCCAGUGGCAGUGCUAGUGGCAGCGCUAGUGGCAGCGCCAGUGGCAGUGCGAGUGCGAGUGGCAGUGGUAGCGCUAGUGCCAUUGACAGCGGCAGUGCUAGUGGCAGUGCGAGUGCCAUUGACAGCGGCAGUGCGAGUGCCAUUGACAGCGGCAGUGCGAGUGCCAUUGACAGCGGCAGCGCUAGCGGCAGUGGCAGCGGCAGCGCUAGUGGUAGCGCUAGUGGCAGUGGCAGUGGCAGCGCUAGUGGCAGUGGUAGCGCUAGUGGCAGUGGCAGCGCUAGUGGUAGCGCUAGUGGCAGUGGCAGCGCUAGUGGCAGUGGCAGCGCUAGUGGCAGCGCCAGUGGCAGUGCCAGUGGCAGUGCUAGUGGCAGCGCUAGUGGCAGCGCCAGUGGCAGUGCGAGUGCGAGUGGCAGUGGUAGCGCUAGUGCCAUUGACAGCGGCAGUGCUAGUGGCAGUGCGAGUGCCAUUGACAGCGGCAGUGCGAGUGCCAUUGACAGCGGCAGUGCGAGUGCCAUUGACAGCGGCAGCGCUAGCGGCAGUGGCAGCGGCAGCGCUAGUGGUAGCGCUAGUGGCAGUGGCAGUGGCAGCGCUAGUGGCAGUGGUAGCGCUAGUGGCAGUGGAAGCGCUAGUGGUAGCGCUAGUGGCAGUGGUAGCGCUAGUGGCAGUGGCAGCGCUAGUGGCAGUGGUAGCGCUAGUGGCAGUGGCAGCGCUAGUGGCAGUGGCAGCGCCAGUGGCAGCGCUAGUGGUAGCGCUAGUGGCAGUGGCAGCGCUAGUGGCAGUGCUAGUGGCAGCGCCAGUGGCAGCGCUAGUGGCAGUGGCAGCGCUAGUGGCAGCGCCAGUGGCAGUGCGAGUGGCAGUGGUAGCGCUAGUGCCAUUGACAGCGGCAGUGCUAGUGGCAGUGCGAGUGCCAUUGACAGCGGCAGUGCGAGUGCCAUUGACAGCGGCAGUGCUAGUGGCAUUGACAGCGGCAGUGCGAGUGGCAGUGCGAGUGGCAGUGCGAGUGGCAGUGGCAGCGGAUUUGUCGACUGUCCAGAGUUCUUCUUCCGACCGCCAGGUGUCGCAGACUGCCAGCCGUGCAACUGCUUUGAGCUGGGCAGCGUGAGCUGUGACGGCCUGACGGGUGUGUGCAUGUGCCUCGACGGAGUCGUGGGCCCGUCCUGCGAUGCGUGCGCACCCAACACGUUCCAGGACCCGGACGUUACGCAAUGUUCACCGUGCACUUGCAACGUAAGCGGCACCGCACUCUGUAAUCAAACCAACGGCGUGUGCCAGUGUCUGGAGAAUGUCGUCGGGGAGCUGUGCGACCAAUGUGCGCCGAAUUUCUUCCAGCAGACGCCAGGGGACCUCUCGACGUGUAGUCCGUGCGCAUGCAACCCCAGUGGAACUCAGUUCUGUAAUCAAGCUGAUGGUGUGUGUCAGUGUCUUGAUAAUGUCGUUGGCGACCUAUGCGACCAAUGUGCGCUGAACUUCUUCCAGCAGACACCAGGGGAUCUCUCGACGUGCGGUCCCUGCACUUGCAACCUGACUGGAACUCAGUUCUGCAACCAGACGAAUGGGUUUUGCACGUGCUUUGAAAACGCCGUUGGCCAGUCGUGCGACCAAUGUGCGCCGAAUUUCUUCCAGCAGACACCAGGGGACCUCUCGACGUGUAGUCCGUGCGCAUGCAACCCCAGUGGAACUCAGUUCUGUAAUCAAGCUGAUGGUGUGUGUCAGUGUCUUGAUAAUGUCGUUGGCGACCUAUGCGACCAGUGUGCGCUGAACUUCUUCCAGCAGACACCAGGGGAUCUCUCGACGUGCGGUCCCUGCACAUGCAACCCGACUGGAACUCAGUUCUGCAACCAGACGAACGGGUUUUGCACGUGCUUUGAAAACGCCGUUGGCCAGUCGUGCGACCAAUGUGCGCCGAAUUUCUUCACGCAGACGCCGAACGACUUCUCCACGUGCACUGCGUGCCAGUGUAACCCCGUCGGCGCGCCGGGAGCGUGUGACGGGAUCACCGGCCUGUGCACGUGUCGCGCCGGUGUUACCGGCGCACUGUGCGACGUCUGCAUUCCCAACUUCUUCGCGCUGGAAGACGACCUGGCGCGCUGCGUCCAGUGUCCGUGCGAUCCGCUCGGAACGCUGUCCUGCAACGCCGACGGCACUUGCAACUGCCGUCCCAACGUUGCCACGGGAGGUAGCUGUGACGUGUGCAUGCCAGGAUUCUUCGGCAGCGUGGACGACUGCCAGCCGUGUGACUGCUUCACGGCGGGAACACUGGGUGGCAGCAACCUGUGCGAGGCCACGCAGGGACAAUGCCCGUGUGAUCAGUUCAGCACAUCUCGUACUUGUGAGGGUUGUCAGCCGGGCUUCUACGACCCGGUGAGCACCGCCAGUUUCCUCGAUCUCUGCACCGUGGCCGGCUGUCAAGUACUCGCCGGUCAACGCUGUCAGCCCUGCACGUGCGAUCCCCAGGGCAGCACGAGUGCCGACUGCAUCGAUGGCAUCUGUACCUGUCAGCCGGGAGUGCUUGGACCGAAAUGUAACGAGUGUCCGCAGGGACAACUGUUCCAGAGCGACACAGGCCGUUGCGAGUCUCCCGUCAACUUUCUGCCCUUCGGCCCACAGGCAAACGACAACCAACUUUUUGAGCAGCCCAAUGGUGUUUUACCCUCUAUCGCCUCGCAAACCGUGUUCUUCGGAACGUCGCUGAACUUUGGCGAUCGAACGUUCUCGUCGGGCAUUGUAAGCAGCGACGGCUACAUCUCGUUCCGCAACACCCUGCCGAUCAACGUCAACUUUCAGAACCUGGUCAACCAGGGUAACAAUCCGGUGAUCGCACCUUUCUGGGCGGCCAACGACGUGCGAAAUGGCCGUGUUUUCUACAGCCUACGGUCUGACCAGGGCACGAUCGACAACACGGUUCGCCUGCUGAACGGACAGCCGCCGCUCGCGGAUGAUGGCAUGCCACCAGUUCUGGCUGCCGUGGCGACCAAUGUGCCGGCGACCUUCCGCCCGACCGAGGUGCUGGUGGUGACCUGGUCGCACAUGCAGGCGUGCCCCGGUGGGCAGCAGGGCCGUAACAACAUGCUGCCCGACCUUGGGUUCAACCACUACCAAGCCAUAGUGGCGUGGGACGACUGCCAGACGUUCGUCGUCUUCCUCUACAACAACCUGGCGUGGACGGUGGGCCAGUUCAAUCUGCCCACGGUCAGCCGCAUCUGGGACGGAUUCCGCAUCCUCGACGUCGACCAGUCCAUCACGGUUUCCGACCCGGACGGUCGCACCGUGGGCCGGCAGAUCAACGUCUACGAGCUGACCGACGGUUGCCGAGGUUUGAGUCUGCUGCAGCGGCAGUGCCGUGCCGACGUGGCCUCGCUACCAGCGCUCUCGCCAUUCUUGAACCUCGGCGCGCGCUUCUGUCCACCAGCUCUGUUUUUCUUCUUCAUCGGAUUCCCGUUCAACGGCGCUUUCUUGUCGUUCAACCCCGUCUUCUCGCUCUGUGUUAUCUCCCGAGGCUUCUUCUUCGUACCGAGCACCUCUGAUCUGGUAUGCUGCUACCCGUUGUUCGGCAUCUUCCGGCCUGCCCUCUCGUUCGGUGCCGGCAGUGGCUGGGUUACCAAUCGCUUCACGUCCUUCAACCAGGCCAUACAGGAGCGAGAUGUCCGCGAUACCUGCUGCUUGGCUGGCCGAUGCUCGACAUUCUUUGAAGAGCGGCCGAACGCUCGCGUGCCUUUCUUCUUCUUCAUCUUCUUCUUCUUCGGCUGGGGAAACGGCGAUCCGCAUUUCAACACGUUGGACUCUGCCAACUACACGUUCAACGGCCUGGGCGAGUACCGCUCCAUCCGCGCGCAGGACUCGAUGACGAUGACCAGCAUAGAGGCGCAGGUCCGCACCGAACUGCUCACAGAUACCACCGCUACUGUCUUCACCGCCGCAGCUAUCGGACAGUUUGAUGAGGCUGGAGGUUUGUCAUCGCGGGUUCAAUUCACGGCUUCAGGUGGCACACUUGAUAUUCUCCUUAACGGCACCACCAAUAUCACCAGUGAAGUGUUUGACUUGGCCGUUUCCGAUGGCAUGGGCAUACCGCAGAUGUUUGCGCCCAACGACGACGUGCAGUUCAUGCGCAGUGAGGAGCGUACAGUGGUCAUGACUUUUGCUAACCAGGCUGCGUUCAGUAUUGGACUGGUGAUGGCGACUGCUAUUUCCAGUCUCACUGUCUCUCCUAGGUUGCCGGGAUCGUUCAUGGGAGAAACGACGGGUCUGCUUGGCGUGUUCAACGGUGACCCAAGUGACGACCUGCUGAAUAGAACAGGUGGAACGCUGCCUCCGGACGCCUCGGAACGGGACGUGUUCUUUCAGUUUGGACAGUCAUGGCAAAUUACACAAGCGGAGUCCCUGUUCACCUACCCGCCCGGUUUCGGCACGGCGAACUUCUCCAACCCGAACCACGUCCCCGUGUUCUCCGAUCAGCUGGACAUCUCUGACGAGGCGCGCGACGCUUGCGCCGGCAACCAGGCCUGCCUGUUUGACGCCACUGCAACCAACGACAUCAGCGUGGGAGUGCAGACCAUGGCUACCGACACCAUGCUGUUGACGCAAGAGUCGCAAGCCGCUAACAAUGCACCUGUCAUCCAGGGAGGAAUGCGUAUUGAUGCGUUGCUUGACAUCACCGUUAGCUACAUGUUCAACGUGACCGACGUUGAUCCAGUCACGGUGACGGUCGGUUUCGCCAACAACACCGUGGCACCUGUUGAGUUCAACCUCUCCCUGACCAUGACGGAGGGCAAC